AUGGCUACUAAACAAGAAACUUUAGCCCUAGAAUCCAUAAGCCAACACCUUCUCACAGAUUUUGCUUCCACAGAAACCAUAGAAAACCAAAACCCUAAACCAAACUCUACUCUUAACCGACGUAAACCGCCUUUACCGAACCUAUCCGUUUCAAGAACGGUCUCUUGCACGAUAAAGAAGGCAGAGGAAGAGGAAGAGGAGGAGGAGAAAAGACACUACCGUGGAGUGAGGAGGAGACCAUGGGGAAAAUACGCGGCGGAGAUUAGGGAUCCUAACAAAAAGGGUUCUAGGCUUUGGCUUGGGACUUACGAAACGCCCGUGGAAGCUGCAAGAGCUUAUGACCAAGCGGCGUUUGAGUUGCGUGGGAGAAAAGCAAUCUUGAAUUUCCCACUAGAUGUGAGGGUUGGUUCGGACAGUUGUUUUGUCGGAUUAGGGAAACGUAAGAGGGUUAAGAGUUUCUUGGCCGAGGAGGAGGAGACGGUGCCGGUUAGGGUUAAAGUUGAGGAAAAAGAGGUUGAAGCGGUUCCUUUGACGCCGUCAAGUUGGAAAGGGGUUUGGGAUGUGGGAGCAGGAGAUGGGAUCUUUAGUGUUCCUCCGUUAACUCCCACGUCUCCCAACUCCGUUACUUGA